AUGGCUGUUCCGGCCCCAGCUGAACCAGAAGACCCGAGGCGUCCUUCGCUAGAAGACGUUGAGCGUCGGCUAAGUCGACAUUAUACAGCAGAUCGCCGAGAAGCUCUCGGGGAACUGGCGGCACCUGAACCUGUUGCCUCGGGAGAAAAACCGAGCGAUGAAGAGAAUGGAGCCCAUCGCACGAGCCUGGAAGAUGCGCAACAAGAAGAGGAGGAAGGGGACGAAGGGACAAAAGCUCCGGAGUCCACGCCUUCAUACGCCGCGACAGAGGUAUACAUUAUCUCUUGGUUGAUCUUGUUUUCGCUCCUUGGGACAUUGGCACGACUGGGGGUCGAAGCUAUUACACUGUAUCCGAAUUCGCCUGUUUCAAGCCGGGUGCUGUGGGCCAACCUGGGGGGUUCAUUCUUCCUUGGCUUCCUCACGGAAGACCGUCAACUAUUUCGAGAAGAAUGGGGAUCCAGAGACCCCAGGGCACCGGCGUUGGACCAUAUCAAGGUCAAAAAGACCAUUCCACUCUACAUCGGCCUUGCCACGGGUUUCUGUGGCUCAUUCACGUCCUUUUCGUCCUUCAUCCGCGAUUGCUUUCUAGCCUUGACGAAUGACCUCCAGUCGCCUUCGCCGACCUCGCCAUACCAGGUGGAUCCAGUUGUCGUGCAUAGGAAUGGUGGCUUUUCAUUCUUGGCUCUCCUUGCCAUUAUGAUCAUCCAUCCGGCCAUCUCUCUGGCGGGGUUGAUGGUUGGCGCACAGCUGGCUCUUUUACUUCAACCAGUCACGCCAACGCUACCAUUCAGAUUCUGUCGGAAGGUGUUGGAUCCGUUGGGUGUCAUUCUCGGGUUUGGCUGCUGGCUUGGGGCGGUCUUUCUGGCCAUCUGGCCGCCUGGAAACGACAUACACUGGAGGUUCCGCGCCGUUUUCCCCCUAGUGUUUGCACCGCUCGGCUGUCUUCUUCGCUUCUACGCGUCCAAGCAUUUGAACGCCAUCAUACCAUCUUUCCCACUGGGCACAUUCGCGGUCAAUAUUUUUGGAACGGCAGUGCUAGGCAUGGCGUUUGAUCUGCAACACUCGACCACCAUCGCUGCAUCCGGGUCAAACGCUUGUGCAGUGCUCCAAGGGGUUAUGGAAGGAUUUUGCGGGUGCCUCACUACGGUCAGUACCUGGGUCGCGGAAAUCCACGGGCUUCGUCGAAGACAUGGUUGGAUCUAUGGCGCUGGCAGCGUGGCUAUUGCAUUGGCAUUGAUGGUGGUGAUCAUGGGCUCAAUGGGAUGGACAGUUGGAUUUGUACCACCGGCUUGCAACUGA